AUGUUAAAUGCAUCAAAUGCUAAAUUUAUUAGUGAUGCUAUGCUAAGUAUUUCACGUAAAAUAAGUGAUGAAAUAUUUUUUAAAUCUUAUAUUGAGUUUAUUCGUCAUGGACAAUUUCAAAAACUUGGUGUAGCGGUAACUGAAGAGAUUCUUCGUUUAUUAAUUCAAUAUGUGUCCGAUCCAAAUUUAAUAAAAACUGUGAUAGAAUCUUUAUGGGAUAGGUAUCCUCACCAAGACGUUCGCACAUGUCUUGAUGAUUAUCUUCCAGUAGUAAGAGCUUUAUUUGCUGCUGAUAGAGGAGAUUCUCAUCAUCAAACAUCAUUAGAAGCAUGUUCCUAUGCUUGGUUAAAUCUUGAAUAUAACUAUUGUCAUACUACUGCCUUAACUGAAAAAGCUCGAAAUUUAUGUAUUCAGUUUGAUAAAAAUGCAAAUAUUUUAUGGGAAAAAGCUUUUGCAACAAUGGUUUCAUUUUAUAAACAACAAAAAAUAUCUUGA